UGAUUGCCACCGCGUUUAUUAAAAGGUGAAUUGGAAACUGAAGUUUUUCCUCAGUUGUUCAGAUCGUUGGUUGACUGCAGGGUUGAUUGUAGAGUAGCGAAAUGAUGCAGGGAAUGAAAAUAAGCGCCUUCCUAUUCGUCGUGUUUCUUUUAAUAAUCCAGGGUCGCGAGGCGAACGGGAACGUGAGAAAAGAGUGCCGAAAAGAGUCGGGCGUCUCGUGGGCUGCGUUGGAGAAGUUGAAAGACGGCGAUCUGGAGUACAAAGAUCCAAAAUUGAAAUGUUACCUGAAAUGUUUUCUGGUGAAGAACGGCAUAAUGAGCGAGGCGAACGAAAUCGAAAUUGAAAAGAGCCUCAGACACUUGCCCAGGAAACUGCAGGAGGGAUCUCGAAAGAUACUCGAACGAUGCAAGAACAAACGUGGCAGCGAUUCCUGCGACACGGCUUUCCAAAUAGCAAAAUGUUACUUCCAAGAACAUCCAGAGGUACUGCAAAGGGUUAAUCUGGUGUGAUCAAUUUUGCGUCACAUAAUUCACGAUUGAAAUAGGGUUACGCUAAUAUCAUCGUUGCUGUUAAUAAUGGUGUAAAAAAUUUGUGCAGUACAUAUAAUAAAAAAAAAAGGAAAUUAA